CUGAUGCAGGAAUCUAUAAUGUCCAAACAUUUACCUAAGACAGAUCGGAGAAGGAACUCAGCUCCUCCACAUUCUUCUGUCAACGGACUGCGUGGCUGACUAAUUAGAUUGUGAAUCUCAGAUAACUUAUUCGACCCAAGAUCAAUUCAGUACCCAAAUAUGGAAGGUGGAAGGAGAUCUUCUGCGGACCACACCAUUUUUUCCGCUCAUCAACUUCAAGGGGAUAAUUUUACACCAUUUCAAUCUCAUAAGGUUUUCAAGAUUCCGAGUAUAUACUUUGGGUUUGAUCAAGCUCUCUACUACUUUCUUUCAUGGCUUCUUUUCAUAAAGGAGCUGCAGGUGACUCAAUGGGAAGCAGUAAAAUGAGUUUUGAUCAAAGAAGACAACUUGUCUUGAAGCUGUCGAAAGAAUCCGAGAGAGAAUUUAAAGAAGUCUUGAAGGACUGGAGCUGCAACGAGAUUCGAGAGCUCUUACGUGCAGAAUCAAAGAAAGAUAUAAAGUACACCGGUUUGACGAAAGAUGAGAUCAUCACAAGGCUUUUCAACAUUGUAUCAAAGAAAAACACUAGAGAUCAUGAGGUAGAAGAGAUAAUUCCAUCACCAAAAAGACAGAAAAGAGAUCUUGUGACUCCAUUAGCUAAAGCUAAAGGCAAGGGUAAAAUGUAUUGUCAGAACUUGGCUUGCCAGAAUAAACUAAGAGAGGAAGCCACUUUUUGCAAAAGGUGCUCUUGUUGUAUCUGCUUUAAGUAUGAUGACAAUAAAGAUCCUAGUCUCUGGUUAACCUGCAAUUCAGAUUCUCAAUUCGACGGUGAAUCUUGUGGAUUAUCUUGCCAUUUAAACUGCGCUUUCGACAGUGAGAAAUCGGGUCUGAAAGAGGAUACGCCGAGUAGUGAUAUUGAUGGAUGCUUCAACUGUGUUUCCUGUGGGAAAACAAAUAGCAAAAUAGAAUGUUUGAAGAAGCAACUGAUCAUUGCAAAUGAAGAAAGAAGAGUAGGCGUGUUUUGUUACCGCAUUCUCUUGGCUCAUAAGCUUCUCAAGGGCACAAAGAAGUACAUAAUAGUAUCUGAAGAGGUGGAGAAAGCUGUGAUGCAUCUGAAAAAUGAAUUUGGUGUUCCCAUUUCUUGUCUUCCAUCGAAGAUGAGUAGAGGGCUCGUUAACAGACUUUGCUGCGCUGAGAAAGUCAAGAAACAUUGCUCUUCUGCUUUGAAAGAGCUUGAUGGUCUUCCACUGCCUUCUACUAUCCAAGGAUCAAUGAAGAUCAGAAUUGAGUCUGUACUUGCAACUUCUGUGACUUUCGAUAUUGAAGCCGAAGAAUCUUUCUCAUGGGGAGAUACCAAUCAUUACCGCAUGGUGUAUCGUAAGGUCUCAGAGAAACAUUCCUCAAAGGAUUUGACUCGUGAGUUGUUCAGUACAUCAAGUCACCAAAGGUUUACAGUCAUGGAACUUACUCCAGCUACAGAGUAUUGGUUCAAAAUAGUUUCCUUUAGCGGCGUCGAAGAAUUGAGCGUAGAUGAAUUCAUAGUCUCUACAAAAACCCUCCAAGACGAAGAAGUGGCAGCAGUUUUAUUGAAUAUGUCAAACUGCAACAAUGCCAACAAAAUGGAGAAAUCAGGAAGCUGCAGUUUUGGGUUUGAGGAAUGUGUGAAUCUCAUUAGGCAGCUAGAGUGCUCAGGUCAGGUCAAGAGUGAUUUCAGAAAGAAGUUUCUGACGUGGUAUUGCUUAAAGGCAACGGAUAAGGAGAAACAUGUUGUAGAGAUCUUUGUGGAUACUUUCAAAGACGAUAAAGAAGCUUUGGCUAAGCAGCUCAUUGAUACAUUCUCUGAUUGCAUAACAAGGAAGCAUCCUGAGAUUGGUGGUGGCAGUGAGUCUGCUGGAGUGUCUUUGAUUCUGCUGCAGGAUUGAUUAGAGGAGAUCUGAUGAGAAGCAUUGACUCAAGUUUUAAGUCUUUUUUUCGUUCUUUCAAAACUCUCUUUUGGACCAUUUAGAAAGGAUUCAACUUUGUUUUUCUUCUUCAGUUGGGAUUUUUUAGCAUUAUUGAGAAACCUCAGAGUUUGAUGAUUUGUUUUGUUUUUUGGAUAUUUAUGAGUUAGUAACUUUUCUUGAAGCACA